AUGCUCGAAAACGCUGUGAAGAUUGGUUCGAGUCAUCCAAAUAACACUGAUGUUCUAUGCAAGACCUCAAGAAACUCCCAAGACACGGAAUCCUUUUGGACCGAAACUUUCAAUAGGUUUCAAAACCUUGAAACUGAAGACUGUUUGGAAGAAGACAGCGAGGUCGAAAAUGAUGAAGAAAGUUCCGAGCCCAAUUCCGACACCUCAGACACUUCAGACACUUGCGAACUAGAAGAAGAAUCUCUGGAGAUGAAAAUGGAUCUCCUCACUGCCACAUUGAUAACAAACACCGCGCUUGAGUUAGUUCGUCGUAGUGAACAGGAAAUCUUGAGCAAUGCACCAAAGUUGUUUUCGAAGAAACGAUCCUAUGACACCAUUGCAGCUGUCACCUUCUACGCAAACGGACUCAACACUGGGAAGGACCCUACACAGAAAAUGGAGCUGAAGGAAUGGUUACGGCCUACACCAUUUGAUGACUCCAUAUAUCUAUCCACUGCUCGUAUUCUGAUGAAGUAUGAAGAUCUUUGUAAGAUGGGCCCGGGUUAUCCUAUUCCUUCACUUCCGUUACGGGCUGCCUAUAUCUCAUGUCUGGAAAUCCUUGUAACUCCUUACAUGGAUAAGAAAGAAAAGGUGGAUGUUUUACUUUCACAACUCAUCAUUGAUCUCGCCCUAUUCGACACGUAUAACAGAAUGACGAAAGAAGAUGAAUUUAGAGAUCCGGCACUAUAUGCACCUCCAGCGGCAGAUGCUCUGACUGCUGGCUUACAGAAAUUGAAACAUGAAGGACAUAUUAGCGCCACUGUCGUAUUUGCCUCCCAAAUAUUUCUCGAUUUGAACGAGAUACCUGGUGAUAACAUCACAGCAGGAUGCGAAGAUUGGGAGAGGCUGGUUUCUAAAGGCCAAAAUAGUCUAGAUUUCUGUUUCUGGCUCCCAAAGGAUACCGCUGGUGGUCACUGGUGGAAUCCUAGCGAUUUACAUACGCUCAAGAAGAUACUCGAGAUCAACUCCAGGUAUACCAACUCAGGAAUGUUCAUUAAACUCAAAGAGUGA